AUGUCUUUCAUCGUCGACGUCGUCGCCCGCCUUCCUCGCUCGGUGCAAGAAUGGAUUGUCGCUCCCAUUGCAAUCCCAGAUGUGCAUAAUCACCACUCAAAAGUCCAGCUGUCUCGACUCGGACACGUGUAUUUUGAGCAUGCCAAUUUAAAAACAUUUGAAAAAUUCGCGGCCGAUUUCGGAUUUGUGGAAGAAAAGCGACACGGGAACACUAUUUAUUACCGGGGCUAUGGCAGGGAUCCCUAUGUCUACGUCGCGUCGCAGAGUCAAAAUCGCCGGUCAAGAUUCCUCGGGGCGGCGUUCGUUGCGCGAGACGAGGAGAAUUUCGAGAAAGCGAGUAGACUUGAAGGUGCUAUCACCAAAAAUCUCAGCGAUGCGCCUGGUGGGGGGCAACUCGUUACGAUCCCACGUCCCAAUGGGACUUUCAUGCAUGUCGUCUACGGUCAAAAGGAGCGAGAUGUAGAUGCAUCUCAAGAACCGCCGUCGAAAAUAAUCGAGUCAUAUGGUCCGUUGAAUGAGCCGUUCAAGAAAGGCAGACUCGGCACAUUCCAACGGUUCAAACCGGCCCCAGCUCUCGUCCACAAACUAGGGCAUCUCGGAUACGUGUGCUGCGAGUUCGAAGAAGAACUUGACUUUUAUACUUCUAAUUUCAACUUUGUUCAUUCAGACAUAUUGCGACAUGAUAAAUUUGAAUGGGUUGAUUUCAUGACGUUCAUGCAUCUCGACUUGGGCGAAGAGUAUUCUGACCACCAUUGCUUUUUCCUAGGAAGAGCACCGCCGGGAACAUCAAAGACGUACCUUCACCAUGCUUCAUUCGAAGUGGCUGAUUUUGAUACUCAACUGAUGGGUCAUCGGUGGCUGGAGGAUCAGAAAUGGACACCUGUUUGGGGUGUUGGCAGACAUAUUCUAGGGAGUCAAAUAUUUGACUACUGGCUAGAUUCGAGCGGGUUCAAAGUUGAGCAUUAUGCGGAUGGAGACCUUGUCAAUAACGAUUAUAAGAAUAGGCGCAGUGUAGGAGGGCCGUUGGCUAUAUGGGGACCAGAAAUCCCGAGUGACUUUGCAGCAAAUAAGGCUGGUUGA